UCAACUGUAUCUCUAUGUGGUUCAAUAACAUUUAUGAACACGGUUGAAGAUUAUUUAGCUGAAUGUGGUCAUCCAUCAUCUCAAAUUCAUAUAGAAGUAUUUCAACCAACACUUAGUGUGGUUCGAGAUGCGGUUAAGGACGAAGCAAAAACAAAAUCAUUAUAA